AACACCUGAGAUCCUCAGAAUGCUAUGAAUAUCCUGUGAGGGUGGAAAGCUGUAAAGCAUGCUCAUCACACAGUGGGUCGACAUGUCUGACAGAGUCUUUACUCUUCUCAUCCUUUCUCUGGCACUUCAAAAUGUAUGUACUGGAUUUGAGGUGUGGACAUUAUUGCAGAACAAUUUCAAUGAUAGCAAUUCAGUCAAUAUCAUAUGCCAACAUAAUGUAAGGGAAGACUGGACUAUAAAGGCUGAUGUGUUCAUUAACGGCCAGAAGGUGUGCGUCAACGACAAAAACAACACAGUAUGUGAAGGGAUAAAACAAGGAAACCAGUUCAAUUUCACACUGAGGAUGACUGCUGAGCAAAAAGGACUUCCGUGUCAUUGCAGGGUUUAUAGAAGUGCCCCACUCCCCAUCCAGCUGAGAGAGGGAGAAAAAAUUAGGUUGGUCCCAGGAUGUUCCCCACUGAUACCUACUAACCACCAAACAAACAAGGACGUGGAAAUGGGCAAUGAUUACAGUCAAUCUGCUGUAACUGGACGUCUCAUCUGGCUUCUGCUUGGAACUGCACUUCUGCUGUGUUUCUACAGUCUGAUUAUAACGGUUGUUUAUAUCAAACUAAGGAUCAGGAUUUCUAAAGAACUUCAAAUAACCUAUGUUCCAAUGCAGAAAAAGUGUGUUAGACCCAAGAAGAAAGGGAAAGAACACAUAUCAGACAAGAAUGCUGAAUACAUGUACAUGCGUGAGGUGCAUCAACAAGUACAACCCAUCCGAGACGUUAACCACAACUCUCGCCUGAAUCCUGUGGGCUCUACCGUCUGAUCCGUCCAAUGACUUGGAUUUUAAUAACAUAGAAAUGAAGCUGUAGUCAACAUAGUAUUCAAAUGAAUAAGGAAAAGAACAGCACAGUGUAAUCCAUAUGUUUAAGACUUUGCCGCACUAUUUGUAUAGCAGUAAAGGCAAAUGUUAAAUCCAUCAAAUAAUUAAUGAGAAGCUCAAUUAAAUAUUGAAUCAUCUUUAUGCUAGCCAAAUAGCCAUUUUUAAAACAUGUUCUUUCUGUACCCUAUGCUUGUACCUUCACUAUCUUGAUUCUAGGCUGAUAUUGUUUAUACUACAAAUGCUAUAUAUUAUAUUUGGACAUUUCUCAUAGACAUAUAAAAAGCAUUGAGAGUGUCACUGUAAUGACUGUAGAUUUAAAUCCCUAAUGAGCCAGGAAAUUUGAGAGGAACCAUACUGAUAUAGGAACCCAGAGAAAUCAUUACUCUUUUACAAGUAUAUACUAUUAAGUCAAACAGUACCCAGUGUUAUGGAAGGAUGUUCAGCAUGAGCUUUUUCUCUCAGAACAGUUUCUAUAAUCACAACAGCUGUUGAUAUCUAUUCUGUUUUUAAAAGACAAGAUGUAGUUAAUCGCAUCAAUAAUUUGACUGAAUUAUUCAGUUUAAUGUGGCCAAAAGUAGCAUAAAUGAAUGUAUGCUGUGCAAUAACUGUAGCAAUGAAUGCAUUUAUCUGUUAUUAUGUUGGCUUGUUAAUCUUUCAAAGUGCUAUAUUUAACUAAUGUAUACUAUAUGGACACCUGACCACCACAAAUACAGUAUAAAAAACUGUUCCAAGAUGUAAAUGUUCCUGUGCUCAAAGUGAGGUCCUGAAAGACAUGGUUUGCCAAGUUUGGUGUGGAAGAACAUCUGUGGAAUGGAAUCCAGAUCCUCAACCCAACUGAAUACCUUCAGGAUGAACUGGAACAUUGAUUCCCCCUGGCCUUCUUUCCUAACAUCAGCACAUGACCUCACUAAUGCUCUUUUGGAUGAAUGGAUAUGAAUCCCCACGUGUCAGGAUCUAGAAGAAAGCCUUCCAAGUAGAGUGAAACUUCUUACAACAGCAAAGCAGACUAAACGUAUUAGGGAAUGUUCCUCAAGUGCAUAGACGCAUGGCGGUCAGGGGUCCACAAAUGGUAUAGCUGAAGUAGUUGGCAUCUCUGUAAUUAAAUUCAAGUGUUUCUUCUUUACAA